AUGCCUGAUAUCAAACGCCAGGUCAAGCUCGUCACCGAGCAACACGUCACGGACAAGCCUCAGGUGAUGGAGGGCUUCCCGAUGCGCGCGUGGAGCAUUGAGAUCUGGCUGCUGAACGAGAACGGCGAGGAGGUCCCUGCGACGGCCUUCGAGAAGGCGACGUACCGUCUUCACCCGUCGUUCGAGAAGAGGGCCAUUCAGGCCGUCAAGAAGCCCCCGUUCCGCCUCGAUGAGGAGGGCUGGGGUGAGUUCGAGAUGCAGAUCGUCCUGACCGCGGCUGGCAAGGGCGGUGACCACACUCUCGACCACGACUUGAACUUCCAGAGCGAGCGCUACGAAGCCAAGCACUGGAUCACGUUCAAGAACCCCAAGCCCGAGCUCAUCCAGCUCCUCAAGGAAUCCGGCCCUGUCCCUGGCGAAGAGAAUGGUGCCAGGAGCAGGAGUUCUCUCCCCAACUCCAAGAAGAAGAAGGACAAGGCUGUCGACAUGGAAAAGCUGGCAGACGGUCUCCAGCGCCUCGGCGAAGACGAUCUACUCCAGGUCGUCCAGAUGGUCCACGACAACAAGACCUCAGAGACAUACACGAAGAAUGACGUAGAGAACGGCGAGUUCCACGUGGAUCUCUACACUCUUCCGGACAACCUCGUCAAGAUGCUCUGGGAAUUUACGGCUACGAGGACGGAAUUGUGA